ACAGUUGGACGUCUCGCCACUGUGAAAAGCUGGCCAGUUGAUAAAUGAGAUGAAUUUGAAGAGUCGCCAUGAGCGAAACAUCUCGCUUCGUAGUUUCAGAUAAACACACUUCUCUUACAAACACAAAUGCUCAUGAUUAAAAAUAAACAUAAAAAAUCAAUUCACAGCAUCCCGCGAGAGUUUGCUUGUGCAAAACGUGUGCUUUGCCAGAGGGAGAGUGAGAGAUACUUAGAAUGGGAAGAGAACGGAUAUCGGUCACUCGCGAGGGAACUCAUGCGCCGAGACGAAAACCAACCAGGAUACAACACCCAAAAACCGACUUAGAAUACUGUGGUACAGAAACACGAUAUCCGAACACGAACCAUCGACGUUUGGAACGGAGUCAGUCACUCGCGGAUAGUACACGCGGCAGGAUUCGAGUGUGCCGUGUGUUUCUGUAUUGUGUUUGUACGCCUUCGUCUGUUCCAGCAAUGGGAUACAGCCAUCAUUGCGAACAUCAAGCUCCACGGCUGAUCUUAACAGGAUACAUUGAGGGCGAUACCAUUUUCGCCUGUUGUGUCAACAUUAUCAACGUGGCACAAAGUGUUUAAAUCAUGUGACGUUUAGCAUUGAACUCGCGCUGCAUCAAAAAAGUGGAUUAACGGCAAAUAUUAGCGCAAAUGGGAUAUCUUAAAGGCUCCGUGGCUCGGUGAAAUCGUAAUAAAACCUCAUCAUUCACAUCAGACGUCAGAAUCAGCAAUAAUAAAACGCUACGAGCUAAUGGAUGUUCGGAAUUUCAAUUCUCUUUCUUCAGAAAGGGUAAACAAGCCCAACGUUUAUAAAAUUGUCCAUUUGAUUUAGAUCUCUUCCUCGAAACGGUUCUGAUUUCGGUCAGAUGUUUCGCAUCAUUGCUACGAAUACGUGUCUGCGUAGUUGUUGUUGUGAGCUGUACGCUAUGUGACAUAAUUUGUGUACCAGUGAGAUGCACCCGAAAUGUUUUUGUUUUCUCUGCUCGACAUCUUUGUGGAAAGAUUAAACCAACAAGAUGGGCCACUUAGUGAGUCUGUGGUUUGGUUUGGUAAACCGAUAGUGACAGUGUGAGGGUAAAAUCAUCAUUGAAAAAAGCGACUACUUUAGUGAGCGCUCUGAAUUCAUUCAUUUGUUACUCUGGUCCGUAAGAUACAAGAUGCUGAUGCAGAAUCAUAGUGCACGUGAUAUUCCAGAAUCCAGAAGAUAAACAACUCUUCCUCAACCGAUUUAAUUUUAUUUCUGUGGCGGUUUUUUGUUUUUUUGUCUUUGCGUUGGUUGCGCAAGUGGUCCACCGCGAUUCCUACGGACAAUCGGAAUGAGAAAGGGAAAUGAAUAAAACAUCUACCAGUACCACCGAAUGGCCGAUCGGUUUGUCCUCGACGUGUCCUUGUCACUGUCCGUCGUCCUGCACACCAUCCGCACGCAGGUCAGAGCAAGAUUAAAUGAAGACAAACCAAUGUCGGCGGAAAACUGGACUGAAAAGCUCAGCGUUCGCACUGAUGAAAUGCAGCUGGUUAAAGACGAGUGAGAGCGGCAGGACGAGCCCGGUGCGGUGCCAUCCGACAGUGAAUGUGUCCUUUGUGUCGGCACAGAUAGCUUCGCUUUGUCUCGUCUCGUUCCUUUUUUUCGGGCACUGUCUAGCUUUUGCUUCUGACACUACCGGGAAAAUGCAGAAGCAUGAGCUGACGGUUUGAAGUGGAUUUCAAUUAACCCGGCUUAUGGUUGAGUGAUAGGUUUUCCUCGCAACGGAAAGUUCUCAAAAAUGCUGCUCUGAAAUGAGGAUGGUUCGCUGAGACUGACAUCAUCGAGCACUAUUUCAACCUUUUACGCUUAUUGCUGAAGAAAAUACCACCUACACAUGACCGGAAGAUUCUUCAAUUAGGUCAUCUGUUACGGUAUCUCAAACAAACAAAUUCUGCAAAUAGCAGUGAGCUAGUGAGCAAUAUUUCAAAUCAACAGCAGUGGGCCAAAAAUCCACAAAGUACAAACAAACCUACGCGCGUCGUACCGUUUCUCUUGAAGUGAACAUUCGUAAGGGUCAAGCAGUGUGGCCGUUUGGAUCCCCCCCAAAAAAAAAAAUGGUAGAAAAAGUGUAGUGAAACAGAUUUGCAACGACUGAAAAUUGUGAGUGCAUCGGUACUUGGGGUCAGCCUGCUGGAACCUGCAAACCCCGUAACGAGUGUGUGCGUGUGUGUGUGUGUGUGUGGAUGUGUAAAUGUGAAGUGAAGGCUGCCGCCGUGCAAACGAGUGUACGUGAAACCCUAACACGGAAACCGACCAAAAAUCAUUUCAAACCUCUGGUGAGCGCUGCAGUGCACGGGGAGGAUCUGGAAACGAAGAUUCUCCCUUACCGCCCACUAUGGGAACACUUCCGAGCGUAAUGGAUUUACGGCUUCCCAUCCUGUGGUUGCUGCUGGCAGCAGAGCUGUCGGUGGGGCUGCGGAACGUACGGGUCACGGUCCCAACGGCCGUCCGGAAAGGCGAUCCCGUUCAUCUGUACUGCGAGUACGAGCUGGAGGACAACGAGCGGCUCUAUUCGAUCAAGUGGUACAAGGGAAAGCGAGAGUUCUAUCGCUACACACCACAGGUGCAUCCGUCGGUGCAGGUUUUCAGCGUCAGCGGAAUCGACGUCGAGCGGUCACUUUCCAACGAAAGCCACGUGGUGAUGAAGGCGGUCGAAACGAAUUACUCAGGAAAGUACAGCUGUGAGGUGUCGGCCGAUGCACCAUCCUUCCACACGAUCAUCGUCUCAGGGGACAUGGAAGUUAUCGAGCCGCCGCUCGAACAGCCAUCAGUAGCUGGGGUGCAGGCACGAUAUCGACCGGGAGAUAUCCUUCGGGCAAACUGCACCUCGCAUAAUUCUAAACCAGCAGCAAAUUUGACGUGGACGAUUAAUGAUGUACCGAUCCCACCGCAGUACGUGAAGCUGUACCGACCGAUAAAGGAUACGUUCACCGGGCUGGAGACAUCCAUCGUCGGUGUCAACUUUAUGGUGGCCCACGAUCAUUUCGUGAAAGGAAAGUUGAAGUUGAAGUGCUCAGCAUCGAUACACCAACUCUAUCACGAAACCAUCGAACAGCUUGUGCCGGAAGAUCGGCCACGGAUAUUGGCGACCGGCGUCUCUGCUAGUGGGCACAGUAUCAGCCUGUACCAAGGGUCGGUUCAUGAGUCCGAGCUGACAGAUCAAAACGACGCCUAUCUAACCGUGAACGGAUACAAAGCGGACAAAUCAUCCCCGCUCGCAUCGUCCUCCGGCGGUUUGCAGAUCGAUUCCUACGUUAAGGUGUGCUGGGUUACGUUCUACAUCUGCAUCAUCUGUACCGUGAUGGUAUACUCGAUACGGUAUCUGAUGGUUACCUGACCCCAGCAGCGGGAGGCCAAGAGCGGUGCUGGCUCAGCGAAUGCCUCGCUGGCAGAAGGGACAACACUGGAGCUGGAUCCACUGCCGAGCAGCUAUCCCGUCCCACCGCCUCCGUCUGCCGCCACCAUUUCUUCGCCGGCCCUCCUAAACGUAGACAACUGCGUCCUUUUCCUUCCAAGGUGAUGAUGCAACACGCUGCGAACCAACGUACCAGUGACUUUUUGCACACAUUUGUUUGGUGCCCAUGCCCCCAGGCAAUUGAUCAAUCUCCGCUACCGGGCGAAGAUCGGAAAUCGGAACUCUCAAAAACAAGCCUAAAGGUGAAAGACAGCCUGUGCAUAGAAUACCCACAUACUCACACAAUCAAAUACCAGCAGCGUGUCUCGUGUCAUCGUGUUUGUAUCGUCGUGCAAGAUCUUUCUAAUAAUUAAGGUAAAACGGUUUGGUUUAUUCCUACGUGUAAAAGUAUAUUUUUAUAGGAGCUACCAGGCGCCUCCAUCGCGAUCGAUGGACACCAUCCUGAAUCAUGUGUUAACAAAUUCACCAGCAUGGUUUUGUGGGCAUGUUUGAAGCGACGUUUUGAGGUAAUGAUAAUUCUGCAGUUCGAUCAUAGGCGCUAAACAAAUCUUUACCUUACCUUAGCUUUUGGGUAAACCGUGUAAAUAGUUUUAACGUAAUGUAAAUAACUACACUAUUGUCCAGCUUCUAGAACCCCCGUUCCUGACUCCUACCGUCUUCCUUCCUUCCUUCGUCCUGAUUGUCCAACCUCAGAAACGGAAAUAAAAACAAAAAAUGGAUUUUAAUGUAACGUUAUGCAUCGUCAGUCACGGUGCUAAAUGAGUCCAUCUAAUGUUAGCAACGGUUAAGACAUAGCACGAAUAUGGAAGCAAGCAAGCUGCUUCAUAUCGAAUCCAAGCGACUACGAUGCAUAAAACAGUCGCGGGAAAAAUAAACGAAACAGGUUAACCUAGCCAAUAAUCGACAUAACAAUCUGUACGUGUACAUAAGGGCCAGACAAAACAUUGUAGCAAAUCUACCGAUGAGAGCAGUUUGGAUGCGUGGUGUAAAUGGCCGAAUACAUACUAACAAAACAAAAGGAAUAAAAUAAACUGCAUCCUUUAGCCGUACCCCGUAAAUGUAUGCUUACCUUUGCGUUUCAUAUCGGGUAGUUCACCCCAGACUUGGGUUUUUAUGGGUUAUUGGGCUUGACUUACCUGCAAUAGAUAAAGAAUGUAUCAAUUUGUUGUUCACUACAAACACAGAAAGGAGACAAAUAAACUAACAAAUGAAAAACCAGUAUUUCGUUGUUUGCAGUCUCUGAGUACGCUACAAGAUAUAAUAUCACUAUGAAACAUCGAUGUUAUCUAAUCUCUUGGAGGCCAUCAUCAACAUUUCUCUUACGGCUUAUUUGACCAUACAACCUAGGGAGGACUUGCCUACAAUAUCAAACUUUCUUGAUUUGAAUUUAACUGGUAAUUCAGUACCGCGUACCAAGAACGAUCUGGAUGGGUUUCGAUACACGGUCAAUGUAUUGGAAAGAUCAGCCUCAAAGAAUGACCGUGUAAAAUCUCUCAAGGUUAUAUUGCCAAAAACGACGAAGAUAAAUGUAUAAUGAAGUUCGCCAAUAUACACCAAUCGCAUUCUACGUCAGCACCGGGCGGCCGGUGCUUCACAGACCAGGAUCGAGUUUCAAAUCGAAUCUGAACCGUUCUUCCAUAAUGAGGACUAAUUAUCAAGCUAUUCGGUAUCAGUGAGUCUAAUAAGCCAUAAAUGUCAGGCAUGACUACUGGCAUGAGGUCGUUAGGCCAAGAGAAAAGAAGAAGCAUCAAUAGCAUGGUAUUGGUUCACCGACAAAAGUAAGUAUGAUGUUGCCCUUCAAUGAUACAAUAGAAAACGUCUAGAAUAGAUCAGUGAUUUAGCGUUACAGGUAUCAAUAAACUGAA